AUGUUUUCUCUUUCUUCUAUUCGAGGCGAAUUUGGUGAUGUCUGUCGAGGCAGAUUACGGAAAGGCAAUUCGAUGAAAGAUAUUCCAGUAGCAAUUAAAACAUUAAAAGCAGGCGCAACAGAAAAGACUCGUCUGGAUUUCUUGUCGGAAGCGAGUAUCAUGGGUCAAUUCAAUAAUGAAAAUGUCAUCUUUCUCGAAGGUGUCGUUACUAAGCAUCAUCCAAUUAUGAUUAUUACAGAGUACAUGGAGAAUGGGUCAUUAGACACAUAUCUUCGAGCAAACGAAGGAAAUACAUGUCUGGAUACGUUACAAUUAACACGUAUGUUACGUGGCAUUGCUUCCGGAAUGAAAUACUUAUCUGAAAUGAAAUACGUUCAUCGAGAUUUAGCAGCACGAAAUAUUCUUGUUAACAAAGAUCUCGUUUGUAAAGUAGCGGAUUUUGGUUUAAGUCGAGAGAUUGAUGAAGGAGAAAGUUACACAACCAAAGGUGGAAAGAUCCCCAUACGAUGGACAGCUAUUGAAGCAAUUGAUUAUCGAAAAUUUACAUCAGCAUCUGACGUUUGGAGCUUUGGUGUAUUAUGCUGGGAAGUGGUCUCGUUUGGUGAACGACCUUUCUGGAAUUGGUCAAAUCAAGAUGUGAUUAAAACAAUCAAGAACGCCUACCGUCUUCCGCCACCUAUGGGUUGCUCAGAUGUGCUUUAUCAAUUGAUGUUAGCCUGUUGGAACGAUAAUUAUUUGCAAAGACCCAAAUUUUGUGAUAUCGUUCAACAAUUGACACAAUUCAUUCAAGUACCAAAUGUUUUAAUUCCAUUAGCAAAACAAAAAUUCGUCUUCGUUAAUCAUCCAGAUGAACCAAAUCUUGCACAACUAACAUCAGUCACCGACUGGCUACAUAAACUUCAGCUUGACCGACUACUACAUUUAUUCCUCAAUCUUGGUUAUACCAAUCUUUCUCAAAUAUGCCAUUUUAACCUAGCAGAUCUCAAAGAAUACCUUGGUAAUCACGUGACAAUCGACGAACAAAAUCAUUUGAUGGAUAGUUUAACUCAUCUACGAUCUCAACUUGUAUUGAUUUCUUCGAAUUCAUUGAUCACUAGUGAGGGUUACCUUGUCUAA